CCUUAAUUCAAUUUCUAUUCUUGACGAAAAAGCAAAGUUCAAAAGUUUGAGAAACAUCGCGAUGAGUUAUUUUCUUCCUCAUCUUCAUUCUGGAUGGCAUGUGGACCAAGCAAUUCUUUCUGAGCAAGAAAGGCUUGUAAUUAUACGCUUUGGUCGUGAUCACGAUGAAGAGUGCAUGAAACAAGAUGAAGUCCUUUAUAGAAUUGCAGAAAAGGUUAUAAAUAUGGCUGUUUUUUACUUGGUUGACGUUGACGAAGUUCCAGACUUCAACAAGAUGUACGAACUUUAUGAUAGGACUACGAUUAUGUUUUUCUACCGAAAUAAGCAUAUGAUGAUUGAUCUGGGUACCGGUAAUAACAACAAAAUCAAUUGGGCUUUGGAAGAUAAACAGGAAAUGAUUGAUAUUAUUGAAACGGUUUUUAGAGGAGCUAGAAAAGGAAAAGGUCUUGUUAUUUCACCUAAAGACUAUUCCACACGACAUCGUUAUUAGACGAUAAAAUGAAAGCUUCUCAACGCCCAAGGAACUCAAAUGUUGAAUUCACUAAGAAGCUCCUUGUAUUUUUAUAACCAUUCGUGUUCAGUAGGCAUGCCGCUUCGCUUGUCAGAUAGAAUUUGCACAGUUUUCCGUAGAAUUCCUUUUUUGUUAAUAUUCACCUACUGGAAGGAAACUUGAGGAGGCAUCCUUAGAAUAUCUGAUAUUCAGGAAGAAAUAACUUUUUGAUUGGGUUAUACUUCAAAUGUGGGUAAAGCUACCUUUUCGUUGUAUCAUUUUUUCGUGACAAAUCUUCCAUGGGAAUCGAACCCAUUUCAACCUUGACAACAACAGGUCGAGAGUAAACACAAAUAAAAAUAAAGCAGACAAGGCCAAGUAUCGAACAAGAAAUAGAUGUAAAGUAAUAUGGGAUACCUUC